CAUGGUACCUAGUAAAUAACCAGUGAAUAAGUGAUUUUACAUUCACUACGGCAAAAGCAAGUGCAUGGAUACACUAGAUGGAAAGCGAAUGUACUGUAAAUGACAAGUACAUGGACAAAAAUUUGACAAAAAUAUGCAUUUAAUGAGCAUAAAUUAUACACUCCAAGUAAAUGCUUUGUUCACUCUACUCGCGUUUCUGAACCAUGUGAUUUGAAGUGAAGUAUACUUCACUUCAAAUCACAUGGUUUAGAAUCGCAGAUUUUAGCAUUAAAAACCAAAAGUUGAUUUGCCUGAAAGUCCCGGUAUUAAGUCAAAUACCUAUUCAUUCUACAAGUGUUAACCUCUUAUUUCGCUCUUCAUGUAUUCUGUAUCUAUUCUAAAUCUCUCUCUGUUUCGCUCGUUUUUCUCGUUUUGUUGUGCAUCCUCUGCUGUUUUCUGAGCACGUCCGUUUCAGGACACUGCUGAUUCCAAAUGCAAAAUAAAAGAUGGAAGAUGGAUAGAUCGAAGAUACAAAGAUUGAAGUUGUAUAGAUGGAAUAAUUCUAGAGAUGAAAUAGUUCUAGAAAUGAAAUAAUAAUAAAUAUGCGAAGGAACAAAGAAUACCCCCCCUUGUGGCUACCGGGGUAGGGUGCUUCCGAAUGGAAGUUUUAAUAGUCCGAUAUUUCUCCUGCAGUUCGCAAGCCUUUUCCCGUUCUGAGUGCCUAUUGCUCUUUUUCAUAUACGUACGACCUAAUCUUUCUAGUAACCUGGAUAUGUAUAGUCUUGUUGGAAACCCUCACGGGACAGGCGCGUGACCGAAUUUGUCCAUCGCCCUCGCAGGACCGUGAAAACCAUCAACAGGUGUCGCUCUUCUACAAUUUCAAUUUCCGCGAAUAUUGAUUGGUCUCUUACCUCCAAGCAAUCGAAAAAAGAGCUCAGCCGUUCUUUGUGUCUUCCAUAUUUUCCAUCAUUUCAAACUCUUUGCACCAAGUGAAGAGAUAUUAAAAUUCUUUUGAUUUUUGAAAGUCGAUAUUUUUGAAAGCUUCUUCUCGUUUAUCAAUCCCAAUGAUCGAAAUAAAUGAUUUAUCAUCGGACUAAUCUCCUGAUGUUAUUUUAUCAACAGCAACUGGUCAUUCAUCAUCAGAUGCUGGUGGUUCACUACCUGAAUGUUCAAUUGGUGAUAUAAAGUACGAUACAUCGAAUAUCAAACUUUUGAAAAAUCAACCAGGAAAAUAUCCACUGGUGGAUAAUCCUAGAGUAAAUACAGUUAAACCAUCUGCAUGUUGGACUCGAUUUGCUCUUCCUGCAGUUAAAGAUGAAAAUCAUCGAAAAAUAUACAUAUAA